AUGGCGGGGAAGAAGCUGCGGAAGCCGUACACCAUCACCAAUCCUCGGCAGAAGUGGACCGCCGACGAGCACGACAGGUUCCUCCACGCGCUGGUGCUGCACGGCCGCGACUGGAAGAGGAUCGAGGCAUUCGUCGCCACCAAGACAGCCACGCAGAUCCGCAGCCACGCCCAGAAGCACUUCCUCAGGGCUCAGAAGAUGGGCCUCGCGGUGCCGCCAGUGCACCCUCGUCGCUCCGGCGUCGUCCGCCAGGCGCAGCCACCCUCACCCAUCAGCUGGCUGCCCUCGUUUGCGGAUGAUGAUGCCGUCGUGUCGAAGGACGAGACGAUUCGUCAGCUUCCGCUGUCUCCGGACUAA